AGGCUGGGAUAGAUCAGGAUGGGCACCGGGAGAGAGGCUGGGAUGAACCGCGAUAUACCGGGAUAGAGACGUGGAUAGCUCAGGAUGGGCACCGGGAGAGAGGCUGGGAUGGACCGGGAUAUACCAGGACAGAGACAGGGAUAGAUCAGGAUGGGCACCGAGAUAAACCCGGGGAUAGACCGGGAUACACACUGGGGGUACCGGUAUGGAGGCGGGACUAGAGCGGGAUGAGCGGCAGAAAAGACCGGGGACGGUUCGUGCUUGAGGCUGGAUGGGCAGCGGGGAUGCACCGGAGCGGAGGCGUGCAUGGACACAGCUAGCAGGGCGAGUCACCGGGACACAUCGGGAUAGAGGCAGCGAUGGGCACUGGGAGCACCGAGGAGAUGCCCUGGGAGAAGAGGAUCCCCCGCAGAUUCCUGCAGGGCUAAAAGUUCCCUCGAGCAUUAUUUGGAAUUACCUCCAUAGGAGCAGCCUCAUCUUCUGCUGAAGGCGUCAGACUUUGAUUCAGAUUCUCUCCCGCUGCUACUUUUCAUUGUAUCAGCGUUUUGUUCCACUCCUUUUCCUUGCUCUGCAUCCCUCCUGCAGCGUCGGCAUGAACAGGAUCCGGAUUCACGUGCUGCCGACGAGCCGAGGCCGCCUGACCCCGGUGCCGCGGCCGCAGGAGCCCCUGGCCUGCGCCUUCGCCCCCCGGCCCUGCUCCCAGCCCCGCCUGGAAGGGCAGGAAUUCUGCAUCAAGCACAUCCUCGAGGACAGGAAUGCUCCCUUCAAACAGUGCAGCUACGUGUCCACGAAGAACGGGAAGCGUUGUCCCAAUGCUGCUCCCAAACCCGAGAAGAAGGAUGGCACCUCGUUCUGCGCGGAGCACGCCCGACGCAACGCGCUGGCGCUCCAGGCUCAGGUGAAGAAAUCCAACCCCGGGCCCGUGGGCGAGACCCUCCUGUGCCAGCUGAGCUCCUACGCCCGGGCAGAGCUGGGCUCGCAGAGCGCCGAGAGCAGCCGCAGCGAGGCCAGCCGCAUCCUGGAGGAGGACAGCUGGAGUGACUGCGAGCAGGACCCUGUCACUGUGGAGCAGACGUGGCGUGGGGACCCUGACAGUGAAGCUGACAGCAUCGACAGCGACCAGGAGGAUCCCCUCAAGCACGCUGGCGUGUACACGGCUGAGGAGGUGGCUCUGAUCAUGAGGGAGAAGCUGAUCCGCCUCCAGUCCCUCUACAUCGACCAGUUCAAGCGGCUCCAGCACCUGCUGAAGGAGAAGAAGCGCCGGUUCCUGCACAGCAGGAAGGGAGAGCACGAGGCCAUCGGGAGCAGCCUCCUGACAGGGCCAGAGGGGCUGAUGGCCAAGGAGAGGGAGAAUCUGAAGCGGCUCAAGUGCCUCCGGCGCUACCGGCAGCGCUACGGGGUGGAGGCUCUGCUGCACCGGCAGCUCCGGGAGCGCAGGGUCCUGGCCACCGACGGCGCGGCCCAGCAGGCUCACACCACCCGCUCCAGCCAGCGCUGCUUGGCCUUUGUCGAUGAUGUCCGCUGCUCCAACCCGUCCCUGCCGAUGACCCGGCACUGCCUCACACAUAUCUGCCAGGAUACAAACCAGACACUGUUCAAGCCGUGCCAGGGCUCGGAGGAAGUUCCCUGCAACAAGCCCGUGCCCGUGAGCCUGUCUGAGGAGCCGUGCUGCCCCCUGCACCUCCGGCUGCCCCCCCAGAUGUACGUCCCAGAGCAGGUCCUGGCCGUGCCCCAGGAGCUGGGGGCUGCUCCCACGGAUCUGUACCUGAGCGCGGCCGAGCUCCAGCCCACGGAGAGUUUGCCCCUGGAAUUCAGCGAUGACCUGGACGUGGUGGGUGAUGGGAUGCAGUGCCCCCCAUCCCCUCUGCUCUUUGACCCUUCCGUGACCCUCGAUCCGUCCCUGCGGGACAUGGCCGAGGCUCCCAUCGACAUCCUGGCGCUGGAGGAGCCGGACAGGGGCAGCUCCUCCACCCCGCUCGUCCCUCCGGCCGAGGGGCCAGCGCAGAGUCACCUCCCGUUCCAGCCGGGGCCCCGGGAGCAGCAGCAGCCACAGGACACGGCCUCGUCCAGCCCGGCCCGGGGAGCAGCUGCCAACGGGAGCCUGGAGCCGGGGGCCGUGGGCUGAGCCCGGGGGUCCCCACACCUGGGGGACCCUCGCCGUGGGACCUGGGGGGACUGGAGUCCUGCUCCAGCGCCGGGAUGAGCUGCAGCUCCGGCUCCUCUGCCGAUUCCUGGAGCCACGGGGAGCCCUGAGACCCCAGGAUGGGGCUCCAGACCCUCCUGUCCUCUGUGGGGGUGGAGUAGCCACGGGAGACUGGGGAGGGAAAUCACGGAAUUUCUGGGGGGCUCUGCCACACCCUGGGUGGGGGGGAGGAUGU